CCCGGAAAUCUCGUUGUGAGGAGUUCCUCUCGAGCUUCCUGUCUGUCUGAUAAUCCACUUGUUGAAGAGGAGACCUGCAGGCUGCACACACUAACUCAGGCUAAAGUCCCACAAUGGCGGAAACAGACGGGUAAGGACGAGCAGCGGCACAUAGACAAACACAACCCGGAGGUAGAGCACCAUGUUCGGCCUGAGGGGAGCCGGGGUCCUCGGUGUGUCCGUGGCUCUGGCUGGAGGAGUCGCUUAUCUAAUCUGGAACUACGCGUCCUCCUCCGGGAAGAAGGAGCCUGAAACCCGGCCUGGAGGAGAGGGAAGGAGAAGCAAAGAGGAGGAAGCAGAGAAACAUGGGAGGAGAGAGGAGGAAGGAGAAGAGGUGGAGGCUGAGGAGACUGUGGUGGUCUCUUCUUCUGCUCCUGCUGCUGUAGCUGCUGCAGCUCCAAAUGCAUCAGAGUCCAAGCCUUCAGCAGGGACACAGGUUUUAGUUCUGGGUCUGGAGGGAGCCGGCAAGACCAGCCUGCUGCACUGUUUGGCUACAGGGUCCCUGGAGCUGGACAUGGAGCCGACGCAGGGCUUCAACGCUGUCUCCAUCAACAGGGAGGACCUGCACAUCGAGUUCCUAGAGAUUGGAGGAAAAGCAGAGCUGCGGCCUUACUGGCAGAGGUACAUGUCCAAGGCUCUUAUGCUGGUCUUUGUGGUGGACGCCUCCAAACCACAGCUCUUCUCUCUGGCUAAGGAGCAUCUCCACGAGCUGCUGGCCACUGACCCCGUCCUGCCUGUGAUGGUACUCGCCCACAAACAGGACCUUCCAGGAGCCAGCGGCAUCACUGACCUCCACGAGGGCCUGUCUCUGUCCGAGGCCGGAGACCGCAAGUUGUUCCUCAUCGGCACCUACGUUAAGAAGGGAGACACAGAGCUGAGCUCAGGCGUUCAGGACGCCCGGGACCUCAUCUUCCAGAUGGUUUGUGAUGGCAGAUAAAAACACAGGGUUGUUCCUGAAUCCUGUAUUUUUGAUAAAGCUUCACUGAACCUUUGACUUUACUGUUUUCAGGUCUUAUUUAAUAAUGAGAAACUUUACAUUUUGUUGUUGUUUUGGCUUUGGUUAUAAAUUAGAUCGAACUUUAUCGUCACCAAAGAUGUAUUUUCUUUAAAUGAGAGCCGGUGAUGAGUUUUAAUCAGAGCCGUAUAAGACUGUUACCUGUGACUGCUCCUUUACCUUUACCUUACAUUGCACUGUGUUUGCUCAUUCACCAGCAACUCUACAAAGAUAUCAGCUGCCUUCAGGUUUGAAUUCUCAAUGGGACAAAAUCAAGGUGGAUUUAUUUUGGCCUUUUAUAAAAAUUGAAAAGCACAGUCUGCUGUUACUGACCGUUUCAGGGGAAUUUGGACUGUUUCUUCUUUGUUUUCGUGUGUGUGUGUGUGUGUGUGUGUGUGUGUGUGUGUGUGUCUAAAAACAUUACAUAUCUCACUAUGAGGACUUAAAGCGGUGCAUAUCAGGAGUUUAAGGAAAAAGCAAACAGUGAGAUUCAUUACAGUUAUUUACUAUCGUCCACUUUGUGCAAAACACAGCACUGAAAGGUCCUCAGUUGCUCGCAGGUCAGUGAUGGUACGAAACAGAACUUCAAGGUUUUUGGUUUUUAUUUCUUUUUUUCAAAGUGACCUCAUCCCAACAUUUGGGGCCGCCAACAGACACACUUGACUUCUGUAGCUUUCUAUAAAGAUGCUGCAGCUUUGUACACUUCUGACAGGCCUUUUGACUUGCCGUUAAUAUCUUAACACAUAAACGUUUCAACAGGACACCACUACUUUCUAGUGACGGAAUAAAACAGGUGUUGCUUCACUGAAUAGAUGCUUUAUCGUCAUGUCAUUAAGACACCUUUCACACUAUCAGAAGCUUUUUUAUUUUACGUUGGGACUGUCGUUGUUUGACCACAGCUUCAGGGAUGUUCUUGUGUUUGACAAGUGUUCUGUCUUAAUCUUUAAAAGGGAGUUGAAUUCAUCAUAAAAGGAAAUAAAAGCCAUUUUUCUCUCUUCGUCUACUUUCACAUAUUAGCUGUUAUCUGAGAAGUCUUCACACAGCUUCCUGCAAUUUUUGUUUUUGUCUUAAUACUGUUUUAUUUCUGUUAAACUGACUGUCAGCUUUUUGAUGAACCACAUCAUCAUCCCAAAGAAAAUGUGACCUUAUUUAAGGAGUGUAAACUUUCAAAGAGCACGUUUUUUUAAAUGCAUCAACAACACCAGCACAUGUAAGUCAUACAGUACUGUGUUAACAUAUUCAUCCCUGUUUGGCAUGUUCUUAAAAAUGUUUUCAUGCUUGAAUAAAUAGUUUUCACUAAAUUGAAA